AUGUUGCAUUCUUUAUCGGCUACCAUUAACGGGCCAAGCGGCCCUUUGAAUGUUGUCUUUGGGGAAGGGACUCCCGAGCAGCGCCUCUCAUGCUGCGAAGUUAUCGUUGCCGCUUUUGCGCCGUCUUUUCCGGCCUCCGCCUGCGUGGAACAUGAGGAGUAUCUAUCGCGGCACCCGUUGUCUCUCAACAAAGGCACCCGCUUUUGGUGUAUAUCCAUAGCAGACAACCCAGGAACUAUUCUCGCAUUGUGCAAGACGAUACGUCGGCGGUUCCUCGUGCGGGAUAGCGAGUCAAUUCAUGAAGAGGAUGGUUAUUGCAUCGGCACCGUCGCUACCCAUCCUCAUUACAGACGGCUAGGACUUGCGACCUUGCUCAUCAAACACGUUGCAGAAUGGCUGGAUGGGCCAGCUGACGCGGCGGCGAGCAUGCUGUAUACCAGCGUCGGUGACUUUUAUGUUGGUCAUGGUUGGCAGAUGAUAUCCUCAAUCAUAUCGAAUAUAACAAACCUCUCCGGUGAUUUUCAUUCAGGAAAUCGCGCAGAUCUGCCCAGCACCCGUCUCCUAACAAAUGAGGAGAUUCCAGCACUGUGCAUGCGCGACGUGGCAGACUUGAAUGAAAGUUUCAAGAAGCUGUCAGUCAGACCUGAUGAGGUGCACCUCGCCGUUCUCCCGUCGCCCGAAAUGGUCACCUGGUUGCACGAAUGGGGCGAUUUCCUCAACAACAAGCGGGGUGGCGAGGCGCCUUAUGCGCACGGCGCGAUCUGCGAAGCUGCCGACACUUGGAUAUACUGGCAUCACGGCUUCCAGCACCUGGCAAUAUCAAGGGUGAGAACCCCUCCGGGCGUCGGCCUAGGUUCCCCCGAAGUACUGGCUAGUUUGCUACUGGAUGCUUUAGAGGAAGCCCAUAGAUGGAAGUUCCCGAAGGUUGUCGUCUGGGAACCAAGCCCUGAAUUGAUUAGUGCAAUGAACCUCAUUUCGAAGAAGGUUAGUGUCGAGGUGGAAACCAAGCCGAGGCCGAAUAGCAUUACGUCGCUAAGAUGGAAGGGCUCAGACGAGACAAAGAAGACCACUAUUCAUUUAAAUGAGGUAUACGCAUCGUGUUGA